AUGAUUUCAGUCGAAUAUGUAAAUUGUGGAAAUACUACAGAUCUAGAUGUUGUUAUGCUUACAAAUCCUAAUUAUCCUAAUGGUUAUAGGAAUGGAACUGUAUGCAAUUAUUAUAUAAGGAAAUCACAUCAUCAUGUCACACAAUUACGAGUAGAAUUCAUAUACUUUUCACUAGCACCACCGACGGGAGAUGGACUGUGUACACGUGACUACAUCUCAAUUGAAUCAGACUCUCUUAAUGUACCAAGACUUUGUGGAGAUCUUUCCGGACAGCAUUACUACAUUCACAUUCCACAUAUUCCGAAAUAUAAAAGAUUUUUUAAGCGCAAUCAUGGAAAGUUUCUGCCAUUGAAUAUUAAGAUCGCUGCUAGUUCGUCUUAUGCUUUCACACGAAGAUGGAAAAUUCGUGUGAUUCAAAUCUCGCAUCGGAGAAGGAAAAUAGACCAUUUUAGACGAUUGAAGUUGGUACACAAUCAUGAUGUCGUUUUUCGCGCACCUCUGAAUUGCUUGCAAUAUUUUGUCAAUACAUCUGGAAAUAUUCAAAGUUUUAAUUAUGACAGCAGCGUAUCAAGUCAAUUCAAUUCAUUAGGCGUGGUUGGUUCCAGACAAAUAGCAAAUCUUAAUUACAACAUUUGUAUCCGUCAAGAUCCUCUAAUGUGUGCAAUAAUUUACUCACUACCAACGACAGAUGUGUUUUCCUUUACAUUGACUGGUGAUGUGACUUCUGUUGCUUAUAAUAUUCUUGGGACAUCCACAGUACAAAGUCAAGCAUGCACAACUGACUAUAUUACAAUACCAGGACAAAUGCAACAAGUUGGUGGCGUAUGGACUGCAAUGACUAGCAAUUUAUCUUGUGGAUUAGGUUUUGCGCCAAAAUUAAGUAACAUAAAGCCAUUUACAAUAAACGUUGUAACAGAUGCAAAUGAAACACCGGAUAUUGGAAAUCGAGGAUUCUUCCUUAAUUAUAGACAGCAAUUCACAUGUGUUUAG